GCCGCACAAGCGCACCAUGCAACGCCUGCACGGCGAGGGCCCGGUACGUACCUUCUGCCUCUUGCGCCGACCCGCUGCACCACAUCGCGCCCGCCCACGCCGCCAAAAUGAUCAGGAAGACUGACCUGGAGCACAUGUUCCGCAAACCAGGCCCCAUCGUGCCCCAUCACCAGCACGCCGCCGCGCCGCAGUACGCCAAUCCCAACAUGCAGGCCGCCCAGCAGCGCGCCCUCCAGGACAAGAACGACCGCCUGCGCCGCAUGGCCCAGAAGCCGACCAACAAGAACAUGCCCGAGGGCGUCGAGGACAUCUGCAUCGGCGACGGCGUGGCCCGCUACAAACAGCUGCGCGACGUGGAGCGCACGCUGGAUGCCACCAUGAUGCGCAAAAAGCUCGAGGCCUCGGACUCCGUCUUCCACUCGCGCAGCGGCCGCACCGGCACCAUGCGCAUCUGGAUAUCGAACACCGUCGAGAGCCAGCCCUGGCAGAGCAGCGGCAUGGACGCUGACGCCUUCGAUUUCGAGAGCGACACCAAUGCCACCUACCGCGUGAAGAUCCAGGGCCGCCUGCUCGACGACGGCGACGACGACCUGGACAGCGAGGAUGAGAUGGACCCGGACGCCAUGGAAGAGGACGGUGCAGAGCAGAAGAAAGCUGACUCGAAGAAGCCCAAGCCGUUCUCGCAGUUCUUCACCUCCAUCGCCAUCGAUUUCGACCGCGCCAAGAGCCUCCAGCCCGACAAUUUUACGCAGAUUGAGUGGAAGCGGCCCGAGGGCGCCAACCCCAAGGAGAACACCUUCAGCCAGCUGGAGUUCGAGCGCAAGGGAGACGAGAACAUUAACAUCACAAUCAACCUGCAGAGGUAUCAGAAUCCCGAAAUCUUCCGCCUGAGCAAGCCGAUGGCGGAGCUGCUGGACACGGAUGAGGAGGACCGAGCGGGCGUGCUCAUGGGCGUAUGGGAGUACGCUAGGUCGCAGCACCUACAGCAGGACGACGAUGAGCGCAAAUUUGCCUGCGAUGCGAAACUCAAGGCCUUGUUCAACGGCGCGGACUCUUUCUACUUCCCGAACCUGCCGCAGCUGAUCAAACCGCAUCUGACGACCCUGCCGCCUAUUCAGCUCCAAUACACGAUCCGUGUGGACAAGGACUACAUCUCGCCUCCGCUAGAGUCCGGUAGGGAGCCUUCGGAGCCCACGAUCUACGACGUGCAGGUAGCACUUGACGAUCCUCUGCAGCCGCUGCUCCAGAACAUCCUCCGUUCGAAGCACAGCGCCGAGACUCUCCGGCAAAUCCAUGAAAUCGACGACGAGCUUGUCCUCCUCAUGGGCGCCAUCAGCAAAUCGAAAGCCAAGCACGCCUUCUUCACCAGCAUGGCCAAGGACCCGGUUGCUUUCGUCAAGCGCUGGCUCUCGUCACAGAAGCGAGAUCUGGAGGUCCUUCUUGGCGACGCUUCUCGCGGAGGCGGCGAAGAUGGAUCGAACGAGGAAUGGAAGCGCGGAGGCGCAGAUGGUGUCUGGGGCAGCGAGGUCGCGAGGGAGAGCGUGGCUUUAUGGUUGGCGCGGAACACCAUACCCAAAGGUCAUUGAUCGGCCUUUUCUUUGCUAGUAUGUCUUGUUUUUGGUUAGGCCGGCAGGUUCAGAUAGGCCUUCUGCCCCCUUUCCGGCGUCGGGGACCAACAGCAACGGGAGUAAACGACAUCGGCGGCGUUACAAGGACAAGCUCGAA